AUGCUCAACAGCUGCAAAAGCAGAAAUAUCAGGCAACACCUUAACUAUAAAUAGCGUAAGCGCCCCCAAUGUUUCAGGGACCCCGCGUUACGUCAUCCAGCCCCGCCUUUAAAAGCCACGCAAUCCCCCGUAAGGAACCCUGAAUACCCCAACAAUCAUCUCAAUUGACUUUUCAUCAUCACUACUGUCUGGCCUGGAUAUCUAUCAAUUUCCAUCUACAUUGCACAUACCUCAAUCAUCAUGCCCGAUUUCGGCCACAAGAUUCUCAACAAGCUGGGUCUUCACGACCACCACGACCAACAGCAGCAGCAGCAGCAGCAAUAUGACCAACAGCAAUACGGCCAGUACAACCAGCAGCAAUAUGAUCAGCAGCAAUACGGCCAAUAUAACCAGCCACAAUACGGCCAGUAUAAUCAGCAGCAAUACCAAUACAACCAACAACAAUAUGGCCAGCAGCAGCAGCAGCAGCCUAUGGGCUACCCAGGUCAAGGCCACGGCCACCCCCGCCCCAACCGCCACGUCCACCACGACGAGCGCGCUCUCUCCAACGGCAACGGGGGUACCUACCCCCGUCUAGCCCGCCUCUCCGACGGCUCCCUCCUCUCCUCCUUCACUCGCUUCCCUGGCGACGGCCAACGCGCCCUCGUUGUCGCCCGCAGCACUGACGGCCAUAACUUCGAAGACAUCGGCGAGGUCACACGCGGCACGGGCGACACCGACAACCUGUUUCUCCUGGAGGUGGCCCCCUCCGUCGUACUGGGGGCUUUUCGGAACCACGACCACGACCCCUCGGGCCGGCCCACCCACUUCCGCAUCACGGUCUGCCGCUCGCACGACGGCGGCCACACCUGGCAGUUCGCCUCGCAGGCGGCCGAGAAACCCGGGGGAGAUGGGUUGGGAGUCUGGGAGCCGUUCAUGCGCAUGGGAGCUGCGGGCGAGGUGCAGCUCACCUACUCGCAGGAGAUGGCGCACAACAACCAGUGCACGAUGCUGGUGACGUCGACGGACCAGGGCAGCACCUGGUCCGAGCCCCGGUGCCUGCACGGGAAGGAUGACAAGCGGCGCGACGGGAUGAACGGGAUUGCGCGGACGCACGAUGGCGACCGCGAGGCGCUGGUGAUGGUGUUCGAGACCAAUACCCGAGGCCCCAUGCAGAUCGAGGGGCUGAUCUCGUACGACGACGGGCGGAGCUGGGGCAACCGCCAUAUUGUUUACUCGCCGCGGGACGGCCACCGGCAUAACGCGGGCGCGCCGCAAAUUGCCUCGUUCGCGGACGGGUCGCUGGCCGUCGUCUUCAUGACGGAUGAGGACCAUCAGGAGGUCGACUGGACCAAGAAUGCGUGCAUCAAGGCGGUGUUCGGGCCGCCACCGGCCAAUGGCCAGAUCCAGUGGGAUCACUCCGCUACGACCAUCUGUGGGGAGUCGAGCCAUUGGCCUGGGGUGUUCGGGUUGGAUGGCCACACGGUUUUGGCGACGUAUGAGUGUCGGGGGCCGAAGGCGAGAGCCAUCUCGUUGCAGUGAAGGUCUGUGUGCUCCUCUCGGCCAUCCCCACUUAUGUUUCGGUAACGCUAGAUUGCCCGCUGUUUCGGUAUAUCGGGUCAUUAGUAAGAAUGCACUGGUUUCGAUGCACCGCAAAGCUUAAUCAAAGUUAAGCUUGCCAAUUGAGCACAUUAGAAGAUCUAAAGUCUGCGAAGUGGUAGGCCCAGGACAUGGUUGUAGACAAGAGAAGCCAGAUCCUCAAAUCGGCACUAUUGGACUAGUAGAAGCAAAGCCACCAGUACUUAGAGAUCGUCUUGUAGGCCACCAGCCUAACCGAGUGAAACAACCAAGAGCAGUAGAAUUAGCAAAAUGACACCUGUGAUUGUGACAGAUUCGUCAUGCUGAUCAUCA